CACUUUCUACUUCCGGAUAGUCUAUCUCGAAGGUCCCGACGGCGCUUAAAUUGGGAGCCCGCGGAUCAAUUUUUUGCGUUUUGUUUAACGGCAUCCGAGUUUAAUCGGGCCUCUCAAAACCGUAGUCAUGACGGUGGGAAAGAGCAGCAAGAUGCUGCAGCACAUCGACUACAGGAUGCGCUGUAUUCUGCAGGAUGGUCGCAUCUUCAUUGGCACCUUCAAGGCCUUCGAUAAACAUAUGAACCUCAUCCUUUGUGACUGUGAUGAGUUCAGGAAGAUCAAGCCCAAGAACUCGAAACAGCCAGAGCGUGAGGAGAAGCGAGUGCUUGGCCUGGUACUGGUCAGAGGGGAGAACCUGGUGUCUAUGACUGUUGAGGGACCUCCACCAAAAGACACUGGCAUUGCGCGUGUCCCCCUGGUUGGCGUGGCUGGAGGCCCAGGUGUGGGCCGGGCAGCAGGAAGAGGGGUCCCUGCUGGCGCCCCAAUGCCCCAGGCUCCAGCUGGCCUGGCCGGACCUGUCCGAGGGGUGGGAGGACCCUCUCAGCAGGUAAUGACCCCACAGGGUAGGGGAACAGUAGCAGCUGCAGCAGCUGGUGCUAGCAUUGCAGCUGCACCCACACAGUACCCCCCAGGAAGGGGAGGACCCCCACCUCCUAUGGGCAGAGGAGCCCCCCCUCCAGGUAUGAUGGGACCACCCCCAGGCAUGCGGCCUCCGAUGGGACCCCCCAUGGGCAUGCCUCCAGGCCGUGGUGCUCCUAUGGGCAUGCCUCCAGGAAUGAGGCCACCACCCCCUGGUAUGAGAGGCCCUCCACCCCCUGGAAUGCGCCCUCCCAGACCUUGAGUUGCCCUCUCCACUGCAAGUGUGUGUGACCUCAGAGCUUUUCAGUUCAGAUUGUCAGUUCAAGCUCUUGUAUAGUUUUGUUUUUAUUUUUUAAAUAAACCGCUCCUGGACAA